AUGAAGCUCUACGACACCCUCUCUGACGACCUCGCUGACUGGGUCCGGCAGCAGCCCGUCUUCUUCACCGGCUCGGCCUCCACCCACGGGCCGCACGUCAACGUCUCGCCCAAGGGCCUCACCGACUCGCACUUCGCCGUGCUCUCGCCCACCCGCUGCGCGUACAUCGACCGCAUGGGCUCCGGCUGCGAGACCAUCGCCCACAGCUACGAGAACGGCCGCCUGUGCCUCAUGUUCAUGAGCUUCGGACCCACCCCGCGCAUCCUCCGCAUCUUCUGCCGCUCCUCCGUCGUCGAGUGGGACAGCCCCCGCUUCCCGGACCUCGUCCGCGCCGUCUCGCGCGGCUCCAAGAACGCCUUUGACGGCGCCCGCGCCGUCAUCGUCUGCGACGUCUGGCAGGUCCAGACGAGCUGCGGCUACGGCGUGCCGCGCGUGAAGAAGGGCAUCUACGCCGCAGACGACGGUAGCAAAGAGGAUGACGAGGCGGAUCGUGCCUCGCAAAAGCCUGGCGGCGGCGGCGAUGCGACCGUCGAUAUGGAGAAGCUGCUCCGCGAGGGCCGCGACGAGGGCCAGAAGCUCACGGAGCUGUGCGUCUUUGAGCAGCGCCCGCACCUCGACUACUGGUCCGGCAUCAUGGUCAGCAGGAACACGGCUCACAAGUAUCAGGCCCAGAACAACUCAAGCAGCAUGGAUGGCCUGCCUGGCCUGAAGGCGGCGCGUCGCGAUAACAAGGAAGUGCUCUGGCUCGGCGAUGCAGCUGCCUAUCUGCGACGCACCUCUGCAGAGAAAGUGUCGGUGAUUAUUGGCUUCCUGCUCGGGGUAUCCUUUUAUUUUAUACUUGCGGUGCUGAACUUAGUGCCACAUUGA